AUCAAAUUGUGUUGAUGUUGUGAAUGUGAAUCUCAAAUAAUAAAAUAUUGUUCUGAAGAUAUUUUUCAAGUAGUAAAGGAUUUUGCAAGAAGCAUGGUAUUUUAAAAUACCUUAAAUUUAAUAGAAAUUAUAUAUAUAAUGGCGCAGCAAUAUUAUAAGAAAAUUUUCAUAACAGUCGGCACAACGAGAUUUGAUUUACUUUGCGACUAUAUUUUGACUGAACCGGUGCUGGCGGCGCUAAAAAAUAUUGGUUGUAAAGAAAUAACGUUUCAGAUUGGUAAUAGCAAUGUGGAACCUGGUGUGUUGGAGAAGGAGGGCAUUAAGAUAAAUAUGUAUAGGUUUAAAGAUUCGAUUCAGGAAGAUAUGAAGAGUGCUGACUUGGUGGUAAGUCAUGCCGGGGCUGGCAGCUGUCUGGAGGCUUUGGAAGCCAACAAGCCGCUCCUGGUAGUUGUGAAUGAGGAUCUGAUGGACAAUCACCAGUUGGAACUAGCAGAACAACUCCAAAUUGACUCUCACCUAUAUUACUGCACAUGUGAUACAUUAAUAAGUACACUGAACAUGGUGGACUUCACUUUGCUUACUCCAUUCACUAAAGCCAAUUCAUCAAUUUUUGUUAAUUACUUAGAUAGCAUAUUUAGAGUUGAGAAUUAAGUUAUUUUGUAGGAAUCAUGAGAAAAUUUAUCAAGGCUAUUUUUAUGAACUGUUAGAUGCUGGCAAAUAAAAGAUUGUUUUUAACACAAACCUCAUUUUAUUAUGUGAUCAACAAUAUUUUGUAUUUUUGAACAAAAAUCAUAUAUUUUUACACUGUUACAUUUUACUGUCAUAUUUUAACCUUUUGAACGCCAGAGCAAAAACACAUGAACCUGCCUUCGACACCAAGCCACAAAUUCCACGCAAAUUU